AUGCCUUAUCUUCUGAAAUUUCUAUUGAUAUGGUUCUUGGCAUCGCAAAGCGUGGGAGAAUCGGCACUGCAAUCAGGCAGUGAUGGUGGUGACUACACCUGUUCCAAAAUAAAAAAGUGCCUACUUGGAUGCUGUGGUUUAUUGGAUAACAUGGGCAAUGGAAUCUGUGGUCUGGGCCCCGAGUUCUGUGGCCCAGGCUGCACAUCAAGCUGCGAUCAGAAGAGCGAAUGCGAUCCAGGCUGGGGCAUCCAAUGGUCCAAGGCAUCCACAUGCCCUUUAAACGUCUGCUGCAGUCGGUACGGCUUUUGCGGCACCACAUCGGAUUUCUGCGGUGGGCUCGUCGUUUCCUCACCACAGUGCGAUAUCUCCACCAACAGCUCCAACCAGCGCACCGUUGGCUACUACGAAGGCUGGAACUGGCAGCGAUCGUGUGGAAAAAUGACGCCCCAGCAGAUCCCGCUGGGCUACUACACCCACAUCAACUUCGCCUUUUCCCUGAUUGAUCCGUCAACCUACCGUCUAACGUCGAUGGACGACACCACGGGCCUCCUGUACCAGGCUGUCUCGGGGCUCAAGAGGCGCCAACCGGGCCUUCAAGUCUGGCUGGCUGUUGGCGGUUGGGCCAUGAACGACCCGGGCAAAUUCCGCACAGUCUUCUCCCGCCUGGCAGCAUCCCCGUUGGCCCAAGAUACCUUCUUUGAGUCGCUGGUCACCUUCCUCGAGCUCAACGACUUUGACGGGGUGGAUAUUGACUGGGAAUACCCUGUGGCGGACGACCGGGGCGGAAUCCCAGCCGACUUUGAGAAUUAUGUGCUUCUUCUCUCGCGUCUCCGUGCCCGUCUCAACAACAUGGGUCGGCCGAUGGGCCUGUCGGUGACUCUCCCAGCGUCCUACUGGUAUCUGCGAGGCUUCGACAUCAUCAACCUGGAGCCGCAUGUGGAUUGGUAUAAUGUCAUGACUUAUGAUAUUCAUGGGGUCUGGGACUCCACAAUCAAGUCUUUAGGACCCUCAGCCCACGCACACACGAACCUGACGGAGAUAAACGAGGCCCUCGAGCUCCUCUGGCGCAACAACAUCAACCCAGCCCGUGUGAACCUUGGGCUCGGCUUCUACGGCCGCAGCUUCACCAUGUCUGAUCCAAACUGUAUGGCCGCCGGAUGCCCAUUCAAGUCAGGUGGUCACGCAGGGACAUGCACAGGAAUACCUGGGAUACUCUCAGCCGCGGAGAUCACCAAGAUCAUCGCCGAUGGGGCAAAGGUGACGCUGGACCCUGUGGCAGCGGUGCAGAUUGUCACCUGGGAUCAAGAUCAGUGGGUGUCCUGGGAUGACACAAAGACGCUGACGAUGAAAUUGCAGUACGCCAACAAGCGCUGUCUGGGAGGUCUGAUGGUGUGGGCAAUUGAUCUGGAUGAUGGCACUCUGAUCAAGUCUUUGGCCGAGGCUGGCUCUUCAAGGCAUCUAGCUUUUGAUGAUUUACCGGAUACGUUUCCAUGUUUUGGGCCUAUUGGCAAUAUAAGUGCAACUUAG